GUGCCUUGUUAGGCAGGAGCCUCGUGUCCCUGCAGCUCGCUGUCAGGUGGAGUACAGGGCUUUUUUCAAGUUUAUAGAAAAGCAAGGGCCGAGAAUGAUUGCAUAGUUGAGAGUGCCAGGCGAUGCAGGGUACAGAGGUCCAGCGGUGGGCAGAGGGCUGGUGAGCCAAGGCCGGGCAGGGGUCUGCAGGCCCACUAGGACUGCUGAGGAAGCCACUGCGCUUGAAGCAGCAGGCAUCGAGAAUCUUCCCUGCGAACUUCAGCGGAACUUCCAGCUGAUGCGGGAGCUGGACCAGAGGACAGAAGAUAAGAAAGCGGAGAUCGACCUGCUGGCGGCGGAGUACAUUUCCACUGUGAAGACUCUGUCCCCGGAUCAGCGUGUGGAGCACCUGCAGAAGAUCCAGAGCGCCUACACCAAGUGCAAGGAGUACAGUGACGACAAGGUGCAGCUGGCCAUGCAGACCUAUGAGAUGGUGGAUAAGCACAUCCGGAGGCUUGAUGCGGACCUAGCUCGCUUUGAGGCGGACCUGAAGGACAAGAUGGACGGCAGUGACUUUGAAAGCUCCGGAGGCCGGGGGUUGAAAAAAGGUCGGGGUCAGAAAGAGAAGAGAGGCUCCCGUGGCCGAGGCCGGAGGACAUCAGAAGAAGACACCCCAAAGAAGAAGAAGCAUAAAGGAGGGUCCGAGUUCACCGACACCAUCCUGUCCGUGCACCCCUCUGACGUGCUCGACAUGCCCGUGGACCCCAACGAGCCCACGUACUGCCUGUGCCACCAGGUGUCCUACGGGGAGAUGAUUGGCUGCGACAAUCCCGAUUGUCCGAUCGAGUGGUUUCACUUUGCCUGUGUGGAUCUCACCACGAAACCCAAAGGAAAGUGGUUCUGCCCACGAUGUGUUCAGGAGAAGAGGAAGAAGAAGUAAGGAAGAGGCUGUGUGCCCGGAUCGAAGAGCAAGUUAUUGUAUUCCUUAUUCAUACUGCAAUAUUUUCUUUCGAUUUUAAAACUACCUUAUUUUGACUGAUAUUUAAG